GCGAUGCUGCUGGUGUGACGUAUAAUGUAGUGGACGGAACUCUUCUUUCAUCAGCAGCAACAGUUAGUCAGACACCUCGGUAGCUUGAUAGACGAACCAAUAAAACUCUUUAGACGUUUUGUGGUAUAUUAGCCACUGUGUUGUAAACACAUUUCUGUCGUCUAACGUUAGUUAUACCAUUUACUGUCACAUUUACGUUGUUAUUAGUCAGCUAGCUGGCUGGUUAAGUUAGCAUUAGCCUAGCUAGCUAACAUCUCCGACCAUGCGGUCACUAAGCUGCUCUCCUCCUGAUAAAGAAGAGGAGGUCUGCUGGACGGAGAAAGAAGCUCUGGUGAAAGAGGAGGAGGAAGUUACAAUACAAAAACAAGUAGAGGGUGAGGCUGUUGCCGUGAAAGAAGAAGAGAAAGACGUCUCAGUUAAAGAAGAGGAAGACUCGUUCAGAGUGAAAGAGGAGGAGGAUGUUACAGUAAAAGAAGAGGAAGAGGAGAAAGAAGAGGAUUCCGUUUUUGGAGUGAAGGAGGAGGAGGGGGAGGUGGCUGUCACAUCCAAAAAGGAGGAAGAAGAGGAGGAAACUGGAUAUCUGGGCCCGGUUUCCCAAAUACAACUUAAGGCAUCCAAUAAUUAUAAUGAUGAAUUUAGCCAUAAGAUGGUUUUGAGAAACCGUUCCCUGAUUAACACUAGAGAGCGACAUGACGAUUGUGGAUCCUCUGGGGAGCCUCAACAACAUCAUGAAGCUGAAGAGGCAGAGGAGAGUCUCUCUACAUCAGAACAUCUCAAGAAACAGAAGCGGAAACACACAGGGAAGAAACUUCACACAGGGAAGAAAUCUCACUGCUGCUCUGACUGUGGGAAGAGAUUCACCUCUUCAGCAGACCUCAAAAGACAUCAGAGAAUCCAUACAGGAGAGAAACCUUAUAGCUGUGAUCAAUGUGGGAAGAGAUUUACUGAUCUAAGCAGCCUGAAAAGACACCAGAGAAUUCACACGGGAGAGAAACCUUAUAGAUGCAUUGACUGUGGGAAGAGUUUUAAUGUUCCAAGCAGCCUGAAAACACACCAACGAAUUCACACUGGAGAGAAACCUUAUAGCUGCACUGACUGUGGGAAGAGUUUUAAUGUUCCAAGCAGCCUGAAAACGCACCAAAGAAUUCACACGGGAGAGAAACCUUAUAGCUGUGAUCAAUGUGGGAAGAGUUUUGUUUCAUCUAGCCAGCUGACUAUACACCAGAGACCACACACAGGAGAGAAAUGUUAUAGCUGUGAUCAAUGUGGGAAGAGUUUUGUUUCAUCUAGCAAGCUGACUGCACACCAGAGAACACACACAGGAGAGAAAUCGUAUAGCUGUGAUCAAUGUGGGAAGAGAUACUCUGGUAAAAGAUCUCUGAUUAGACAUCAGAAAAUACAUGAAGGAGUUGUUUCAGGCUGUUACCGUGAAGGAAGAAGAGGAAGACGCGUUCAGAGUGAAAGAGGAAGAGGAUGCAGUUUUGGAGUAAAAAAGGAGGAGGAGGAAGAAGAGGAAGAAACUGGAUAUCUGGGCCCGGAUUCCCCAAAGCACCUUAAGGCAUCUCAUGAUGAACUGAGCUGUAAGAUGGUUUUGAGAAACCGUUCCCUGAUUAACACUAGAGAAGGAUGUGACUAUUGGGGAUCCUCUGGGGAGCCUCAACAACAUCAUGACGCUGAAGAGGCAGAGAAAAAAUCACAAUUACACCAGAGAACACACACAGGAGAGAAACCUUUUAGCUGUGAUGAAUGUGGGAAGAGUUUUACUAAGCCAAGCAACCUGAUAUCACACCAGAGAACACACACAGGAGAGAAGCCUUACCACUGCUCUGACUGCGGAAAGAGGUUCUCAAGAGCAGAGAACCUAAAAGUACACCAGAGAAGCCAUACAGGAGAGAAACCUUAUAGCUGCUCUGACUGUGGGAAGAGGUUUCUUUUGUCAGGACAUUUAAAAGCGCACCAGAGAAUACAUACAGGAGAGAAACCUUAUAGCUGUGAUCAAUGUGGGAAGAGUUUUACUCAGUCGUGCAACCUGAUAUCACACCAGAGAAUACACACUGGAGAGAAAUAUCACCGCUGCUCUGUCUGUGGGAAGAGAUGCACCACUUUAUCAGACCUCAAAAGACAUCAGAGAAUCCACACAGGAGAGAAACCUUAUAGCUGUGAUCAAUGUGGGAAGAGGUUUACUCAGUCAAAGAACCUGAUAUCACACCAGAGAACGCAUACAGGAGAGAAGCCUUACCAUUGCUCUGACUGCGGGAAGUGUUUCCACAGAUCAGAUUCUCUAAGAAGACACCAGCGAACACACACAUGUGAGAACUCUCUUAGCAAGACAUUUCAUAGCUGUGAACAAUGUGACAAGAGAUACUCUGAUAAAAGAUCUCUGAUUAAACAUCAGAAAAUACAUGAAGGAGAGGAGGAGGGGGAGGUGGCUGUCACAUCCAAAAAGGAGGAAGAGGAGGAAACUGGAUAUCUGGGCCCGGUUUCCCAAAUACAACUUAAGGCAUCCAAUAAUUCUAAUGAUGAAUUUAGCCAUAAGAUGGUUUUGAGAAACCGUUCCCUGAUUAACACUAGAGAAGGAUGUGACUAUCGUGGAUCCUCUGGGGAGCCUCAACAACCUCAUGAUGCAGAGCAGAGUCUCUCCACAUCAGAACAUCUCAAGAAACACCAGCAGACACCCACAGGAGAGAAAUCUAACCACUGCUCUGUCUGUGGGAAGAGUUACUCAAGAUCAGAUUCACUGAAAGCACACCAGAGAAUUCACACUGGAGAAAAAGCUUAUAGCUGUGAUCAAUGUGGGAAGAUUUUUGCUACAUCAAGCAAGCUGACUAUACACCAGAGAAAACACACAGGAGAGAAACCUUUCCACUGCUCAGACUGUGGGAAGACUUACUCAAGAUCAGAUUCACUGAAAGCACACCAGAGAAUUCACACUGGAGAGAAACUUUACAACUGCUCUGACUGUGGAAAGAGUUUUGUUAUAUCAGGAUAUUUAAAAUCACACCAGAGAAUACACACAGGAGAGAAACCGUAUAGCUGUGAUCAAUGUGACAAGAGUUUUAGUCACUCAAGCAUCCUGAUUGUACACCAGAGAACACACACAGGAGAGAAGCCUUAUAGCUGUGAUCAAUGUGGGAAGAGUUUUCCUAAAUCUAGCCAGCUGACUUCACACCAGAGAACACACACUGGAGAGAAACGUUAUAGCUGUGAUCAAUGUGGGAAGAGUUUUACUGACUCAAGCAAUCUGAAUCGACACCAGAGAACACACACAGGAGAGAAGCCUUAUAGCUGUGAUCAAUGUGGGAAGAGUUUUACUGAAUCUACUCAGCUGACUAAGCACCAGAGAAAACACACAGGGGAGGAAAUAUCAUCAUUGAUGUGACUGGAAAGAGUUUUGUUUUGUCAGGACUUUUAUAAUCACACCAGACGAGACACACAGGAGAGAAGUCUCAUAGCCGAAAACAACAUGACAAAAGAUAGUCUGAUAAAAUAUCUGAUUAAACAUCAUUCAUGAAGGAGUUGAAUGCUUUUAACAUUGUAGUAGGAUUAUUCUAAUGAUGUCACAAUGUAGAACCCUAAACGUUUGUCCCCUGUUCUAUUGAUUUCAGCAUGAUAUGAAUAUUAGCCUCAUCAGGGGGAAAAUCCAGGCUCUGAAAUGAAAGAGUACUAUUUAUUUGAUUAACAAAAAAGAAAGUUGUGUUGCACUAUUUUAGUUUUUUUAAUUGUCUUAUGUUUUGCUGUGUAGUAAAUAUUUCAGUUUUUAUUUUCAUUGUUUUUAUUCGUCCAUGUCUGAAAUGUGCUAUAAAAAAAUAAAGCUUGAUUUGAUUAAAACAAAAUAAAAACAAAUUAACCCA